CUGACCUGCCAAACUGAGGAUUUAUGUAGAUUGUGAUUCUACUAUUUGCUCGGAUAAUAGUAGCGUGUCUUUCUUUUUUUCAUCUUCUGCUUUUUACGUUGUUUAAUGUUGAAGGAAUUUCGUAGCUUAAUUUAAGAGCUAUGUAACGUUGCUGAAAUGAGGAAGAAAUUAGUUAUAAUUUAAAUGAAAGAAAGUUGAGAUGUACCGAUCUUAUUUUUGAAUUAAAAAGCUCUAUAAACCAAAUACAUGUUCUAGAGUCGUGCCUCACGGUUGAUCAAGGGACGGCGAUUUGAUUAAAUUGCAGAAUUCGAACGAAGCCAGGGAACAACCUAUGCUUGAGAAUUUUAUUUUGUUACCCAAUUUGUUGAAAAUUUGUUACUUGUUAUAUCAGUUUUCAUCCUCUGUGAAGGAAUUGCCAACGAGUGCAAAAUGUCAGCCAUGUCAACCAUAGGGCAGAGAGGAGUUCAUUACUUGCAGAAACUCAAAGCUGCAAAUGUACCUGCUGCUUUAAUAGAAAAGGGCCAAAAUCGUGUUAUAGAUGCUUCUCUUACUCUCAUUCGGGAGAGGGCAAAGCUUAAGGGUGAACUUGUGCGUGCCUUAGGUGGAGCUGGUGCAUCAUCGACUCUUCUUGGUGUUCCUCUUGGACAUAAUUCAUCAUUUCUUCAGGGUCCAGCAUUCGCUCCCCCGCGAAUUAGGGAGGCUAUUUGGUGUGGAAGCACCAACUCAACAACUGAAGAAGGGAAACAACUAAAUGAUCCACGGGUACUAACAGAUGUUGGUGAUGUCCCUGUCCAAGAGAUUCGAGAUUGUGGUGUAGAUGAUGACAGGUUGAUGAAUGUCAUAAGUGAGUCCGUCAAGCUAGUUAUGGAAGAGGAUCCAUUACGCCCCUUAGUUCUAGGUGGCGACCACUCAAUAUCUUUUCCUGUUGUAAGAGCUGUCUCUGAAAAGCUUGGAGGACCUGUUGAUAUUCUUCAUCUAGAUGCCCACCCUGAUAUUUACAAUGCUUUUGAAGGAAAUAUUUAUUCACAUGCCUCUUCUUUUGCUCGGAUUAUGGAGGGCGGUUAUGCUAGACGGCUUUUGCAGGUUGGAAUAAGGUCAAUAACAAGUGAAGGGAGAGAACAGGGCAAACGGUUUGGCGUGGAGCAAUAUGAAAUGCGGACCUUUUCAAGAGAUCGCCACCUUUUGGAAAACCUGAAACUUGGAGAAGGAGUAAAGGGUGUGUAUAUUUCUGUUGAUGUGGAUUGUCUUGACCCUGCUUUUGCACCUGGGGUAUCUCAUAUUGAGCCUGGAGGUCUCUCUUUCCGCGAUGUCCUUAACAUCCUCCACAACCUCCAAGGUGAUGUAGUUGCUGCAGACGUGGUUGAGUUCAAUCCACAGCGAGACACUGUUGAUGGAAUGACCGCAAUGGUUGCUGCUAAGAUUGUAAGAGAGCUGACAGCAAAGAUAUCAAAAUGAUAAAGCUAUAGUUUCAGAGUAUCGUAUUCCUUCUGCUGAAUAUGGACUUAGACCAAUCGGAUCAAAGGUUUUUCAUAUCCUCUAGCUUUGACUCUUAAAAGCUGAAUAGAUACCAACCUGAUACUUAAAGAGCUUUUCCAUCGGAUACUUCUUUUUACUUAGGUUAAAGAUGAUGAUACUGAUGCACUUUUAGAAAAUCAUUGCCAUGCCAUCUGGCUUCCAGGUAAAUUAAACAUUAAAAUAGCUAUAUUGUUUCGGACUCCAGAUUAGACAGCAAUAUCACAAAAGUUUCUCAGAUUA